UUCUAUCUAUUGGUUUCAUGCUCUGAUACGAUUACGAUAUACGACAGCGACGGGUGAAAAAAGAAAGAAUUCCACUAAUUGCAAAGCAGAAUAUCCAAAUUGAAGAAAUUUAACAUGGAAGUGGAAAGCCCCGAGCACACCCGAGAGUUCGCUGAGGUGGACAUAAACAAUGGGGACAACGGAGUUGAGUCCUCCGACGAGGAGGAGGAAGUGCCUGCUCCCGGUAGCAUAACUUUGGCUGGAAACGACACCGAUCUUUUCGUGUCGGCCAUGAGCCCCAGCAGCAUUGAACAUCCACUGCAAGAGGUCCUAACCGACGAUGGGGACUAUUUCAUUAACAUUGUUGUGUCGGACCCGCAGAAAAUCGGUGAUGGGAUGGGCUCCUAUUUAGCAUACAAGGUGACGACCAAGACAAACAUUCCAAAAUUCAAACGCUCCGAGUUCAGCACCCUACGGCGCUUUAGCGAUUUCUUAGGCAUCCACGACCUUUUGGUGGGCAAGUAUAUGCGACAGGGUCGAAUCAUUCCGCCGGCUCCGUCCAAGAAUAUUAUCGGCAGCACCAAGGUGAAAAUUAGUCCGCAGCAAAGCGAGCCGGGCACACCAAUGAACCAGGAGUGGGUCGAAAUACGGCGGGCAGCUUUAGAAAGGUUUGUCCACCGGACCGCCCAGCAUCCUAUUCUUCGCGUUGAUUUGGACUUUAUGAAUUUCCUGGAGAGCGACCAGGAACUACCACGUGCCGUCAAUACUUCGGCUCUGAGUGGAGCCGGGGUUAUUAGACUAUUUAACAAAGUUGGUGAGACGGUGAACAAGAUAACGUACAAAAUGGACGAGAAUGAUCCUUGGUUCGACGAUAAAAUCACUGAAGUGGAGAGCCUGGACGCCCACCUACAGAAACUGCACAAUGCUAUGAAGUCGCUGGUCACUUCGCGCCGCGAAUUAUCGGCUCUGACGGGCCUGGUGGCAAAAUCGGCCGCUAUGUUGAGCACAUGCGAGGAGCACACAGGACUGUCGCGAGCUUUAUCUAACCUAGCCGAUUUAGAGGAGAAGAUUGAGCUGUUACGUUCUGAACAAGGCAACUCUGACUUCUUCAUUCUCGCUGAGUUCAUUAAGGAUUACCUCGGCCUGUUCGGAGCCAUUAAGUGCAUUUUUCACGAACGCGUUAAGGCUUUUCAAAAUUGGCAGUAUGCACAAAUGCAGUUGUCCAAGCGACGCGAAAACCGCGGUCGGUUUGAGCUUGCUAAUCGGGCGGACAAGCUAGACCAGGCCCAGCAAGAAGUCGACGAAUGGCAGGGAAAAGUGCAAAGAUGCCAGCAGCAAUUCGACGAUAUUUCAGCAGAAAUAAAGCGUGAAAUGGAACGUUUUGAAUUGACCAGAGUUAAAGACUUUAAAGCUAAUAUUAUCAAGUAUAUAGAAGACCAAAUGGCGCAUCAGCAGCAGAUUGUUAGCUACUGGGAGGCAUUUGCGCCAUAUGCCCGUGAAAUCGUUUAAAUUAAACUGUAUUACAUUCUUCUCUUAAUGCAUUUCCAAAAGUUUUGAAAAUCUAACAGCUAUACGCGCCAUGAAUACUUAUUCAGCGGGACCAAAAUUCCUUUUUGAUCUGAAAAUCUGGAGCUUUUAAUUCGCAGUCAGCAAUAUUUAUCUCAUCAUUUGGCACUGCUGUUCGCAUUUCAAUGAAAUUGGUUUCAAUUCCUCAAAAGCAUGAAAAAGUUGAACUUUAUCGUUGCAUUCUACCAAGCGUAUAUCUCUUUAUUUGUUUACAGCAAUUAUUAUCAUGACUUUUAUACAUUCUAGGAAAAAUUGAAGAUAUAUAUGAGAACGUCUAAAAGUUUCUCAUUCUUUACAUGUAUUCGGUAUUAUCUAAAACAAAAGGCAAUGUGGAUCUUAUAGUUAUACUUAUGAAAUCAAAGAAGACUCAUUGGCCAUUUCCAAAUUGAAGUUAUGCCAUUAUAAA